GGAGGGGAAACCUCCCUGUCUCUUACAGCCUUCUCAGGCAGUGGUUUAGAGCCAGGAUUCUGGAAUCAGAACCCAAGUCUGACCUCGACAUCCAACAGAAACCAGAAGUGUGGUCAGUCAGGCUUUGUCCCUGACAACCAACUGUCAGGCGGUGUGGCCUACAUUCUUCUGUGUCUCUGGUUCUCGGGUCCUAAAUCCCUCUCAAGGAACUAGUUAUGGAGGGGACCAAGGAAGUCAAGGACUCCAAUGGGAAAAUACAAGACUAUGGGACAGGGGCUGUGCUUUUCCUGCUGGUGACCGUCAUUGUCAACAUCAAGUUGAUCCUGGACACUCGGAGAGCAAUCAGCGAGGCCAAUGAAGACCCAGAACCGGAACAAGACUAUGAUGAGGCCCUAGGACGUCUGGAGUCCCCUCGGCGCAGAGGCAGCAGUCCCCGGCGGGUGCUGGAUGUGGAAGUGUACUCCAGUAGAAGCAAAGUGUAUGUGGCGGUGGAUGGCACUACGGUGCUAGAGGAUGAGGCCCGGGAGCAGGGCCGAGGCAUCCAUGUCAUCGUCCUCAACCAAGCCACGGGCCACGUGAUGGCAAAGCGUGUGUUUGACACAUACUCCCCUCAUGAGGAUGAGGCCAUGGUGCUGUUCCUCAACAUGGUGGCACCUGGCCGUGUGCUGAUCUGCACAGUGAAGGAUGAGGGCUCCUUCCACCUCAAGGACACAGCAAAGGCUCUGCUGAGGAGCCUGGGAAGUCAGGCAGGCCCUGCCCUUGGCUGGAGGGACACUUGGGCCUUCGUGGGACGAAAAGGAGGUCCUGUACUUGGCGAGAAACAUUCUAAAUCUCCUGCCCUCUCCUCCUGGGGUGACCCGGUCCUGCUGAAGACAGAUGUGCCACUGAGCUCAGCUGAAGAGGCUGAGUGUCAAUGGGCAGAUACGGAGUUGAACCGCCGCCGCAGGCGCUUCUGCAGCAAAGUGGAGGGCUACGGGAGCGUGUGCAGUUGCAAGGACCCGACGCCUAUUGAGUUCAGCCCUGACCCACUUCCAGACAAUAAGGUCCUCAAUGUGCCUGUGGCUGUCAUUGCAGGGAACCGGCCCAAUUACCUGUACAGGAUGCUGCGCUCUCUGCUCUCAGCCCAAGGGGUCUCUCCACAGAUGAUAACGGUCUUCAUUGAUGGCUACUAUGAGGAGCCAAUGGAUGUGGUGGCGCUGUUUGGUCUGAGAGGCAUUCAGCAUACUCCUAUCAGCAUCAAGAACGCCCGUGUGUCCCAGCACUACAAGGCCAGCCUCACUGCCACUUUCAACCUGUUUCCGGAGGCCAAGUUUGCUGUGGUUCUGGAAGAGGACCUGGACAUUGCUGUGGAUUUUUUCAGUUUCCUGAGCCAGUCCAUCCACCUGCUGGAGGAAGAUGACAGCCUGUACUGCAUCUCUGCCUGGAAUGACCAGGGGUAUGAACACACAGCUGAGGAUCCAGCACUACUGUACCGUGUGGAGACCAUGCCUGGGCUAGGAUGGGUGCUCAGGAAAUCUUUAUACAAGGAGGAGCUUGAGCCCAAGUGGCCCACACCAGAAAAGCUGUGGGAUUGGGACAUGUGGAUGCGGAUGCCGGAGCAACGCCGGGGCCGAGAGUGUAUCAUCCCGGAUGUUUCCCGAUCCUACCACUUUGGCAUCGUCGGCCUCAACAUGAACGGCUACUUUCAUGAGGCCUACUUCAAGAAGCACAAGUUCAACACAGUUCCAGGUGUCCAGCUCAGGAAUGUAGACAGUCUGAAGAAAGAAGCUUAUGAAGUGGAAAUUCACAGACUGCUCAGCGAGGCUGAGGUUUUGGACCACAGCAAGGACCCUUGUGAAGACUCCUUCCUGCCAGACACGGAGGGCCAUACCUAUGUGGCGUUUAUCCGAAUGGAGAAAGACGAUGACUUCACCACCUGGACUCAGCUUGCCAAGUGCCUCCAUAUUUGGGACCUGGAUGUUCGUGGCAACCACCGGGGCCUGUGGAGAUUAUUUCGGAAGAAGAACCACUUUUUGGUGGUGGGGGUCCCAGCCUCCCCUUACUCAGUGAAGAAACCACCAUCAGUCACCCCUAUUUUCCUGGAGCCACCCCCAAAGGAAGAAGGAGCCCCAGGGGCUGCUGAACAAACGUGAAGCCUCCUCCAGGACCCUGCAGGGCUGGGUACUGUGUACCCCCAGACAAGCUAGCCCGUUGCCCUAUCCUGUAGGAUUUAGUAGAUGCUGGUAGGGGGUAGGGCUGGCUUGUUUUUAACAUGGAAUUUAAUUACUAACUACAAGGGGAAGGAUCCCCUGCUCCAACACCCCUAUUCCUGAGUUUAAGGUCUAUUUAUUUACUUCCUUGUCAAAGAAGAGCAGGAGAGUUCCAGGACCUCUUUGGGAUCCCUGGGUAGCUGAUCCACUAUUUAUUGACUGUCCUGGGGCCUUGGGAGUAGGCCCAACCUGGGGCCUUUAUUCCUCUCUGGACCAGGAUGCUGCCCUGAGGGUGGGACUGGCUCAUACUCAGGAAAACUGCUGUGCCCAACUGAUGGACAGGCCCAUGUGAGGUCCAUGUGCUGACAGACUCACUCAGAGACCUUUAGACACUGGACCAGGCCUCCUCUUAGCCUUCUCUUUGUCCAGAUUUCCAAAGCUGGAUAAAGAUGGUCAUUGAUUAAAAAAGAAGAAAACCUC